AUGUCCCAGCCUGGGGGGCACAAGAGGAGGUCUGGGCCCCUGGGGCCUCCUGUGCGCAGCAUCCGGCCCUUCAAGUCCAGUGAGCAGUACCUGGAGGCCAUGAAGGAAGACCUGGCUGAGUGGCUUCGGGAUCUCUACGGGCUGGACAUCGACGCGGCCAACUUCCUGCAGGUGCUGGAGACGGGCCUGGUGCUGUGCCGGCAUGCCAACACCGUCACCGAGGCUGCCCUGGCCUUCCUGGCUGAGGCACCUGCCCGAGCCCAGAGGAUUCCCAUGCCCCGGGCUGGUGUUUUCUGCAACGGGGCCGCCCAGCCAGGUACCUUCCAGGCCAGGGACAAUGUCUCCAACUUCAUCCAGUGGUGUCGCAAGGAGAUGGGCAUCCAAGAGGUGCUGAUGUUCGAGACGGAGGACUUGGUGCUGCGCAAGAACGUGAAGAACGUGGUGCUGUGCCUGCUGGAGCUGGGCCGCCGCGCCUGGCGCUUCGGCGUCGCCGCGCCCACCCUGGUGCAGCUGGAGGAGGAGAUCGACGAUGAGCUGCGGCGGGAGCUGGCCCUGCCCCCGCCCGACCCCCCGCCGCCCGCGCCCCCCACGCGCCGGCCCUGCCACUUCCGCAACCUGGACCAGAUGGUGCAGAGCCUCGUGAGCCGCUGCACGUGCCCAGUGCAGUUCUCCAUGGUCAAGGUGUCUGAGGGGAAGUACCGAGUCGGGGACUCCAACACCCUCAUCUUCAUCCGGAUCCUCCGGAACCACGUGAUGGUACGUGUGGGGGGCGGCUGGGACACGCUGGGCCAUUAUCUGGACAAACAUGACCCCUGCCGGUGCACGUCCCUCUCGCACAAGCCGGGCAGCCUCCUGAAGCCCCCAGCCCCACCGGUGCAGCACGAAGUGAGGGUGCAGGACAGCCCCUCGCAGCCCCAGCCUACGAUGACCAUCAGCCGCUCCCAGAGCCCACUGCCCCCCGUGGACUGGAAGACAUAUACUUCUUCAGGCCAAAAGCUGAGGCCCCCCACCGCCUCCUCACCCAGACCCCGCAGUGAGCGGGGAGCAGGGGCGGGGGUUCUCAGCCUUGUGAUUCUCCCUUUCAGGUGCCAGGAGAGGUCUCUCACCCCAUCUCGGAGGCAGCUGCCAGUUGGGCAUAGUCCACCCAGCCCCCGGUCCUCAUUCACCCACAGGGGCCGAGACACACAGUGUACCUUGUCCGGGAAGAGGGAGGACAGAUAUCCCCCUGAACUCCCCAGGGGAAGGACUCCCACAUCUUGGGUUCAUGAGGAAAAAGACAGCCAGGGAGCCCCAGCUGGGACCCCAAGGCCCCAAAGACUCCGAGCCCCUGAGGCCACCACCAAGGGAACAUCAGCACGAGGACCAUCUCCCCCGCCUCGUUCCUCUAGCCUAGCCAAGCCCCUCGGCCUCAGGCUGCCACUCUGGGAUGAGGCCAAGGGUGCUUUCACCCAGCUCAGCAAGCCAGCACCUGUCCGUCCUCCAUCCCCUGUUAAAGGACUCACCAAGAUCCCCAUCCGGCUGCCACCUGCCCGCCCCCCUACACCAGGAAGAAGCUUUCCAGGUGCUGCAUGUGAAAGUCCCAGGACAGAACUUGGGAGAGGUCCCAUCCCGUUAAGGGCCAUCACUGGGGACCUGGCGGAGUCCAGACAUGAGGACUGCUCUGUGGAAGCAAGGCACAGGGAUCAGAAGUGGGACAUCCAGGACACAGCAGAGGCUGGAGAGCCCUGGGGCCGGGGCCCACAGGAGUGGGAGGGAAGGCACACUCCCCUGCCCCUGAGCCGCACCAGGGAGCAAGCCAUCCACCACAGCCUUGAAGAGGAGAUUUUGGCCAAGAUGAAGCUGCUAGAGGUGGGGGGUGCCUGUCCCCAGGGUACAGGGUCUAGGGUCAUUCCUCGAAGUGGAGUCUACGUCCCCAGCCUGGGUGGACGGUGGCCUGAGCCUGGGAGUCCGUAUGACAGAGUUAUCCAAGAACUAGCCCAGGGCCCCCCACCCCUCUUUAAAGUGGAUCUGGAAGCCUGGAAGGCAGCCCCGACAUGCUGCCCUAAGCCAGCUGGUACUGCGGGCCCAGGAAGCCCAGAAGGGAAGCUGGGAGCCAGAGAGAGUAGGCCAAGGACAGAGGCAAGUGCCAAGAGCCUGAGUGCCAAGGGCACCAGCAUGAGGAAGGUCCCACCUCAAGGAGGGCACGACUGCUCAGCCCCUACUGUGUCUGCCAGCCCGGAAGCCCCCACACCUUUGCCCUCGAACCCCAGUUCUGACAAAGCCAAGGCAUGUCUAGACAAGGGCAAGAGAACACUCCGGAAACCCCAGAGGGUCCCAUCCAUCUACAAGCUGAAGCUGAGGCCCAAGAUCCGGCCCCGGAGAGACCACAGGCCUGAGAAGCGGCCUUCGAGAAUCCCCAAGCCACUGGCCUACUUCUGCCUGGGUCCAGCCAGGGCGCCCCCCAGGGGCAGGCUGUUGAGGGCCAGGCAGGGCAGCAAGGGAGGGGAGGCUUCUCCAGUGGCUGGAGUGUCAGCAGGUGAGAAGGAGGAAGAAAAGGAGAAGAAAGAGCCAGCCGCCCCACUGGAGAGCAACCCACAGCCUUUGGGGGGUCUGGGGCCACAGCAGCCUGACCAAGCCCCGCUCCCACCUGAGGAGGAGUCCUGGGUCUAA